AUGGGGGACGGCCAGCUGGAUAGCACGGUGCGGAAGGAGCGGGAGGUGAUGCUGCGGCUGAAGGAGGUGGUGGACAAGCAGCGGGAUGAGCUUCGUGCCCAAGCCCACGAAAUCGUCUGCAAGAGCCGAGACACGGAGGCGCUGCAGGAGCAACUGCAUCGCUUCAUGGCCAUGAACGAGGAGCUGCGUCACAAGGUGGCUGUGGUGCAGGCUCAGCUCAAGAGUGCGUUGGAGAAGAAGUCGGACCUGGAGGCUGCGAUGCUGCAAACCCAGAGGGGAAUGAACAGGAGGAGCAGGGCCACCUCUGAGACCCAGCAGCCAAAGCCCAGCCUGGAGGGAGCACCAUCACCCACAGAGGAACUGCAGCACCAGGACACGGGCGGGAGCCCUUCUCACUGCUGCUUCUCCAAGGAAGAGCUGCAGGAGAUCCUGCAAGAGCGGAACGAGCUCAAGACCAACCUGUUCUUGGUGCAGGAGGAGUUGGCCUAUUACCAGCGGGAGCUGCUGAACGAAGAGAGAGUUCCCAGCUUCUUCUUGGAUGCAAUGAAGUCGACUAUCAAAAGACAGAGAAAAAAAAUCAGAGCCAAAAUGCUGGGAACAGUGGAGGAGUCGGCGAGCAGCGAUGAAGACGAGGGCUCGUGGCACCCAGCUCGUGGCGCAGACUGCGUGGAUGCUCAGCCUCCUGAAUCCAAAAUUAGGAGCUUUUUUGGGCUGUGGUAUCAGGGCAGCAGCAAAGACCCCCCCGCAUCCACCUGCUCCGGAGCCUGGGAAAUCAUCGACUCACUGGACCCGUGGCUGGAGCCAGAGGGAGAGAGCAAGCCAGCAGCCGGCUCCCCCGACAGAGUCACGCCGCCCCUCUGA